GAGGAGAAGAUCGAGCAGGCGAAUCACAUGUUCGAGAACGAGAGGGCGAAUAUACAACGGAAGAAGACCCGCGAGUACAUCGAGGCCAUGAAGUCGGAGUCGAAGGAGCUGGUGAGGAGCUUUGACGGAGGCGAUCCUUGGGCGCCAGGGCUGUCGAGCCCCCCGGCCGCGGUGCCAAAUGGCCUCGAGCCUCCCGUCCUGAUGGUCAAGGCGGGCCCCGGAUACGUUCCCGCGAAGCCCCCGCCUCCCAGUCUGGCGUCCGCUCGGAACGCGGCGAAGGCGUCUGCACCGAUGAAGCCCAUUACGGCAUUGGGGAUGCAGCAGGUUUUAGCCGACAUGCACGUGGCCAUCGAGUCCCAGCGGGAGCAGGGCGACCGCAUGAAGACGGUGCUCCACCUGGUAGGCUCACGGCCGCUCUCCCUGACGGACGAGGACUUACCGAAG